AUGGAGGCGCCCGCCAGCGCGCAGACCCCACACCCGCACGAGCCCAUCAGCUUCGGCAUCGACCAAAUCCUCAACAGCCCGGACCAGGACAGCGCGCCCGCCCCGCGGGGCCCCGACGGCGCCAGCUACCUGGGAGGGCCCCCCGGGGGCCGUCCGGGCGCCGCGUACCCAUCUCUGCCCGCCUCCUUUGCGGGCCUCGGCGCGCCCUUCGAGGACGCGGGAUCUUACAGUGUCAACCUAAGCCUGGCCCCCGCUGGCGUGAUCCGGGUGCCAGCGCACAGGCCGCUACCCGGGGCCGUGCCGCCACCACUGCCCAGCGCGCUGCCCGCCAUGCCCUCCGUGCCCACGGUCUCCAGCCUGGGCGGCCUCAAUUUCCCCUGGAUGGAGAGCAGCCGCCGCUUUGUGAAGGACCGCUUCACAGCGGCGGCCGCGCUCACGCCCUUCACCGUGACCCGGCGCAUUGGCCACCCCUACCAGAACCGGACGCCGCCCAAGCGUAAGAAGCCGCGCACGUCCUUUUCCCGGGUGCAGAUCUGUGAGCUGGAAAAGCGCUUCCAUCGCCAAAAGUACCUGGCCUCGGCCGAGAGGGCGGCGCUCGCAAAGUCCCUCAAAAUGACAGACGCGCAGGUCAAGACCUGGUUCCAAAACCGGAGGACCAAGUGGCGGCGGCAGACGGCAGAGGAGCGGGAGGCGGAGCGGCAGCAGGCGAGCCGGCUCAUGCUGCAGCUGCAACACGACGCCUUCCAGAAGAGUCUCAACGACUCCAUCCAGCCCGACCCACUCUGUCUGCACAACUCUUCGCUCUUUGCUCUACAGAAUCUGCAGCCCUGGGAGGAGGACAGUUCCAAGGUCCCUGCUGUCACCUCGCUGGUGUGA